GUACAGGUCGUUAGCGACCCGCUGACGACUCAUGCCGCCCACCCACUCACAGCCCAGGUGCUGCGGGACUUAGAGGAAUGCCCGCUCCCUCUUUCCCCCGCUUCUCUUGCCGUCCUUUUUUCCGCCACACAAGCGUCACUCCGGCCAUCCUCACUGGAGUUUCAUCUCUUUACCCCCCCCUCCCCAACUCCUAUCAUCCCUGCCCGAGAGCUGAGGGAGGACCAUGAAUCUGAGCCGUGUCCUUUGUGAUUGCAAGCAUUCAGUCAAACCUGCGUGUUAGGCUGGAUCCCACUCAUCGCCGCCAGGCUGCCCAUGCACAUGCAUGAAACCAUGGGUAGCUCCCCAGAGGUGCUGUCAUGGACUUCCUGCCCUAGUCUAUUGGUGGGGAAGCUGAAAGAGGAGCUCAAACUCACCGUGGUCGGGGAUGCGAUGAAGAAAUCAAACUCGCCUAACUCCCAGCCCCAGCCUCCUCAGGCCCCUGCCCCCAAUUCACCUCCUCAGAUUAUCACAGAUCUUGCCCCACCGACAAACCUGGACGUUCCUUUGCCGGCGCCCGGCCAGGAUGAGGAGUCCACAUUGGGAGGUCUCAGCCCGGCCAACGUGGCCCUGAGCGUGGACUCCACGCGGAGCGAAGGCGGACACUUUGACAACAGCGUUCUGCAGCUGCAGGAGCAGGAACCCGAGGAAGCCGGGUCGCCGGCCUCCUGCGAGCACGGCGGCUGUGGCAGCGGCGUGGAGGAGCAAAUGGGCGAGGACAACUGUCCCGUGGACCACAGCGGGGAGGGCGGGCCGACUCACCCGCAUCACCCGGACGACAUCAAGUUGCACUUUCAGAGAGCGGGGCCCGGGUCGGGAGGCUUCUUGGAGGGGCUGUUUGGCUGCCUGCGGCCCGUCUGGAACAUCAUAGGGAAGACCUACUCAACAGAAUACAAGCUGCAACAGCAAGACAUGUGGGAGGUUCCGUUUGAGGAAAUUUCCGAGCUGCAGUGGCUGGGCAGCGGCGCACAGGGAGCCGUCUUCUUGGGAAAGUUCCGCUCCGAGGAGGUUGCCAUCAAAAAGGUGCGGGAGCAGAAAGAGACGGACAUCAAGCACCUGCGAAAACUCAAACAUCCCAACAUCAUCAGCUUUAAGGGUGUGUGCACCCAGGCUCCUUGUUACUGCAUCAUCAUGGAGUACUGUGCCCAAGGCCAGCUGUACGAAGUGCUGCGAGCGGGCAGGAAGGUGACCCCCAGGCUGCUGGUGGACUGGGCCACGGGCAUCGCCAGCGGCAUGAACUACCUACACCUGCACAAGAUCAUCCACAGAGAUCUCAAGUCUCCCAAUGUUUUGGUGACCCACAACGACACUGUGAAAAUUUCUGACUUCGGAACGUCCAAAGAGCUCAGCGACAAGAGUACAAAGAUGUCCUUUGCGGGCACUGUGGCGUGGAUGGCCCCGGAGGUGAUAAGAAACGAGCCCGUGUCUGAAAAAGUAGACAUCUGGUCAUUUGGAGUUGUCUUAUGGGAACUGCUCACGGGAGAGAUCCCCUACAAAGAUGUAGACUCCUCUGCCAUCAUUUGGGGUGUUGGCAGCAACAGUCUCCACCUUCCUGUCCCCUCCACCUGCCCCGAUGGCUUUAAAAUCCUCAUGAAGCAAACCUGGCAAGGCAAGCCCAGGAACAGGCCUUCGUUCCGUCAGAUUCUCCUACAUCUCGACAUUGCCUCCUCUGACAUUCUAGGAACUCCUCAGGAGACCUACUUCAAGUCUCAGGCAGAGUGGCGGGAGGAAGUAAAGAAACAUUUUGAAAAGAUCAAAAGUGAAGGCACGUGCAUUCACAGGCUGGACGAGGAGCUGAUCCGCCGCAGGAGGGACGAACUCAGGCAUGCACUGGACAUCCGGGAGCACUAUGAGAGGAAGCUGGAAAGAGCCAAUAACCUCUACAUGGAGCUCAGCGCCAUUAUGCUGCAGCUGGAAGUCAGAGAGAAGGAACUUAUGAAGAGAGAACAAGCUGUGGAGAAAAAAUAUCCUGGGACCUACAAACGCCACCUGGUCCGACCCAUCGUCAGGUCCAAUGCGGUCGAGAAGCUCAUCAAGAAAAAAGGAAGCAUCUCCCACAAACCUGGAAUGCCUCCUGUCAAAAGGCCCGACCUGCUCCGCUCUGAUGGGAUCCCCAGCGUUGACCCCCUCCCCUCCCCCUCACCGCUGUCAGCCAGCCCAAAGGUCUCAACCCCGCCUGGCAAAACCCGCUACAGAAGCAAGCCUCGCCACCGCCGCGCCAACAGCAAAGGCAGCCACAGCGAGUUCAGCGGCGUGCUGAAGCCGGUCGCCGGGGCACUGGAAGAUACCCAGUCCCUACAGGAGCAGCAGUUCCACCACCACCACCACCACCACCCACAGGCCGAGGGCCAGUUUCUCCCCCUGAAGGGCCGCGAGGAGGCCGUGGUCAACUGUGCCAACAACCUGCGGUACUUCGGCCCUGCCGCCGCCCUCCGCAGCCCCCAGACCGACCACCUGCAGCGCCGGGUGUCCGGCUCCAGCCCUGACCUCAUCUCCACCGCCGUGGACGCGGACACGCGGCAGCGCGCCCCGUCCGCCGGCCCCAAUCCCGUGUCGGGCGCCGGCUCCCUGUGCCCCUGCUGCCAGGCCCACCCCUUCCCCGGCUGCCUGCACUGUCAGGAGACCCCUCCCACGCUCAGCCACCCCGAGCUGCCGCACUACUCGCUGCUCAACACCCAAGAGAACACCCAGUGCUCGUUAGGGGUGCCCAACAAGAUUGAGAUUUCAGACGGCGACGACCCAAAGAAGGCUGCGCUACCGGAGCAGGAUCCCGCCCAGCCGACGCACGCGCGGGCCUCCGCCCUGCCCCGCACCCUCAGGCCACUCAGGAAGGGUGGUGAUGAGUCAUCUGAAGAGGAAGAGGGAGAGGUGGACAGUGAGGUCGAGUUUCCAAGGAGACAGAGGCCUCAUCGCUGCAUGAGCAGCUUCCAGUCCUACUCCACCUUCAGCUCAGAGAACCUCUCAGUGUCUGAUGGAGAGGAGGGAAACACCAGUGACCACUCACACAGCGGGCCCCUGGAGAGGCUUAGUGCCAGUCAAGAGGAGCACCUGGAUGAGCUGCUGUCACACACACCAGACAUCCCUAUUGACAUCUCCACCCAAUCAGACGGCCUCUCCGACAAAGAGUGCGCUGUCCGGCGGGUGAAGACACAGAUCUCAUUGGGGAAGCUUUGCUCAGACGAACACAGCUAUGAGAACCCGCUACAGUUCGGGGACUCGGACUGUGAUACCUCUGAAGCGGAGUGCUCUGAUGCCACCAUCAGAAACAACAAAGCCGGCGCCCCGUCCUCGUGGUGAAUCUCGCCACGUGGCACGGCUCUGUCUUUCUU